AUGUUUACGCGUUCUAAGUUCUUAAUAUCUAGGGCUCUACAUUUAAAAAAUGUUUUUAAGGUGGAACAUCAGAAUGAAGCACGGUUUUUAUACAGUAUAACUACAAGAUAUCGGUCUACAACCCCACUUAACACAAUAAUAAUGUUUGUUCCACAACAAGAGGCAUGGAUUGUUGAGCGUAUGGGAAAAUUUCACAGAUUACUAGAGCCAGGCUUAAAUCUACUGUGGCCAAUUGUAGAUAAAAUUAAAUAUGUACAAAGUUUAAAGGAAAUAGCAAUUGAUGUGCCUAAACAAAGUGCUAUUACUUCAGAUAAUGUUACACUGAGUAUUGAUGGGGUACUCUACCUUCGAAUUGUGGAUCCUUAUUUAGCAUCUUAUGGAGUGGAAGAUCCAGAAUUUGCAAUCACACAAUUAGCACAAACAACAAUGAGAUCAGAGCUGGGAAAAAUAUCUCUUGACAAGGUCUUCAGGGAAAGGGAAUCUCUUAAUGUUUCCAUUGUAGAUGCUAUUAAUAAGGCUAGUGAAGCUUGGGGAAUAGCUUGUCUCCGUUAUGAAAUUCGUGACAUAAAAUUACCGACACGUGUACACGAGGCCAUGCAAAUGCAAGUGGAGGCAGAACGUAGGAAACGUGCUGCCAUAUUAGAAUCAGAGGGUGUGCGGGCAGCAGACAUAAAUGUAGCUGAAGGCAAACGUCAGGCUCGAAUAUUAGCCUCAGAGGCUGAGAAACAGGAACAGAUAAACAAAGCGUCUGGUGAAGCGCAGGCCAUGCUUGCUGUUGCCGAAGCCAGAGCACGUGGCUUAAAACUUAUAGCUAACGCUUUGGCGAAUCAGGACAGCAAGCAUGCUGCGUCACUUACAUUGGCAGAACAAUAUGUUUCUGCAUUUAACAAACUAGCACGAACGAAUAAUACACUCAUAUUACCUGCAAAUGCUGGUGACGUCUCCAGUUUGGUCGCUCAGGCUAUGUCAAUAUAUUCAACAGUUACCGCGCACAAUAGCCAGCAAAGCCAAUCUAGUAUUGCUGAUGUAAAUUAUUUACAUCCUCAUGCCUUAACAGACAAAGGCACAACAAUAGCUGGUCAAGCAGUAGGCCAUGUUGAUGACAGUUUAGCAGAAUACUUUUCGGACGAUGAAGAAAGAGAAAAAGCAUUACAACUUCAAAAGGAAAAGAAGAAGGAGCAAAACCAACAAAAUAUAGAAAAAGAAACA